AUGGCGAUGGAACAGCUCGAAAUCCACAGCAGGUCCUACCUGAUCCGGUAUGUCGAUGUCGCCGGUGACCAUGUUAUCUCGUGGAGUAUCCAGCCUCACAAAAAGUCAAUAAACUUCGGUCUCUUCAAGCAUAUAAAGCCUCCUGGGGGUACAACUCCCCAAUUAUCCAGUUCGACAGUCGGUGCUCCUUCUAUCUCCUCUGGUGCUUCUGUUCUCCAACCCGAUGAAAGUGUGCCCCAAGAGCGGCCCCGCACCCAGAGAGCGAACUCCACAGAAGCCGAGACAAUCCAGAAACUCGAGGCUUCGGGUCUCCGACAGGUCCAAUGGUACGGCAAAAUCGAGGCCGAAAAGGUCACCACUGGCAAAUUCGACGUGCCAGCUGGCCAAGGCGGUGCCUGGGCUUUAGUCUUCGAUAACACAUUCUCCAAGCAAACCAGCAAAACCGCGACUUUGGUACUUUUGACAUACCCAUCCAGUAACCCUGCGCCGGCUAGUCAUCAUAUGCACCACUUCGACUCUCCUUCCGCGUCCACAUUGUCUCUACCGCCGGUUGUGGGUGCUCCUCAGCUUUCUUCAACCAUUAUCAAUGCCUCUACGGAUUCGGUUGCCGAAAGCAAUGGCCCCUCCGUGUCAACCGGCUUCUACACCGGUAUUUUGAAAAAGAGAAAGAGAAAGAAGGGACAGGGUUUUGCACGUCGGUUCUUUUCAUUGGAUUUCACAUCAUCUACGCUAUCGUAUUAUCUUAAUAAGGAUUCUUCGUCGCUAAGAGGUGCUAUCCCGCUCGGCCUAGCUGAGUUGAGCGCUAAUGAAAAGAACUUCGAGAUUACGGUCGACUCCGGAGCGGAAGUUUGGAUUUUACGCGCAGCAUCCCUAAAUGAAUGGCAAGGAUGGAAAGAUGCCCUUAACAGAGCAUCACAAAAGGCACAAAAGCGAACAGAAGUGGGGAUGGGACGUGACGAACCUCGUGGAUUGGGGAGCCAGAGCCAUUUGCCUAGUUCGGCAGCCUACCAAAGCGCGGAAGAUGAAGGAUGGGCAGCAGUGGAGUCUCUAAUGGGUAGAAUUUCAGGAAUUAGAGAUGCCACCCGCCGAUUGACUACUAUGUCCGCCUCUGCCUCCAACGUAAAACGGGGCAGUAUGGCAAGUUUGGGGUCUGAGCUCGGGGCAGGCACUAUAGCUACUACUGGACCCACACCGACAACGGAUGAGAAGCGUCCAUUCUGGAAGCGAAAGGCGAGCGGUGGUAAUACGCCGUCUCUAGCUAACAGCCCUACUGUAAGAGAGAAAAGAGGGAAGUCUCUAUCCGCGGGAGUCGGAAUGACAGCCGCACAUAUGGUUGCGCCAGCACUACCAAUCCCACCGGUCCCACCACUGCCAAAUGCAGACAUUACACCCCAUCUCAACGAACUUCUCUCCGAUCUCGACGCUUUUGUCGCUGAUAUCACACAAAUCGUCCAAGAAGCUAAACAUCGACGAUACCUCCAUCGCAAGCCAUCCGCCAAUGGCGUCUUAAGCUCUGCCGCUUCCCGAAAGAGCAUGGAAUCAGUUGAUGACCAAGAGUUCUUUGACGCAAACGAUGGGGAUGCGGCUACUGUCAACGAAGGAAGAAUCGUUAUCGUUGACAAUGAUAGUGAAGAAGGUCACAGUGAGACCUAUGCGACUGAUGACGAAGGCAGCGGGGAUUCAGAAGAUGACCAAAGCUUCAGUGGCAUGUCUGGAAGCUUUAAUGCCUUCCCACCUAAAUCAUCGGACCUUAGCCCUCUCCCAUUAGAAGCCGUCUCUAGAAGAGCUACUGUGAAGGGUACCACAGUACUGCCACCCAGUUUGAUCGCUUUCUUCAGGAAAAAUGUUGGCAAAGAUCUCAGCACAAUCGCCAUGCCGGUAUCUGCAAACGAACCCCUCAGCGCUUUACAAAAGAUUGCAGAACAGCUCGAAUACUCCGAACUCCUUGAUUAUGCUGCCGACGCUCCGGACGCGAACGGUGAGCGACUUCUUUAUAUCGCUGCUUUUGCGAUUAGCAACUUUUCCAACACCAGAGCCAAGGAACGUGCGAUUCGUAAACCCUUCAACCCACUUCUUGGAGAGACAUACGAGCUAGUGCGUGAAGAUAAAGGGUACCGCUUCCUCGCCGAAAAGGUUUGCCAUCGCCCUCUGAUCAUGGCCGCCCAAGCCGACUCUCCAAACUGGACAUUCACCCAAUCCCCACAACCAAGCCAAAAGUUCUGGGGUAAAUCUGCCGAAAUUAAUACCACGGGUCGCGUCCGUAUAACGCUCCACAAAACCGGCGAUAACUAUAGCUGGGCACCCGCCACCACUUUCCUCCGCAACAUCAUCGCUGGUGAGAAAUACGUAGAGCCAGUUGGCACUAUGACCAUCUAUCACGAAAACACUGGAGAACGCGCGCAAGUGACUUUCAAAGUUAAGGGAAUGUUCUCAGGAAGAAGCGAAGAUGUUAGUGUCCAAGUAUUUGACAAGGACGGGAAAGUUGGGAAGUAUAGUUUACAUGGCAAGUGGACUGGAUCGCUUGUUAUCUUUGAUGAAGCGGAAAGUAUGGUUAAGCAAUUAUGGCAAGUUGGAGAUUUAGUCCCCGAUGCCGCGAAGAAAUAUGGGUUUACGACGUUUGCGGCGCAACUUAACGAAACCACGGCUAUUGAGGAAGGCAAGAUGUCAGGGACGGAUACAAGACUUCGACCUGACCAAAGACUUUGUGAGGAAGGAAUGCUAGAUGAAGCGGAGAACGUGAAGUUAGAGCUAGAGGAGAAGCAGAGAGGACGAAGACGGGUGAUGGAUGAGGAAGGCAAAACACACACACCCAAGUGGUUCAUGAAGGUCCGAGAGACAGCGGAUGAGGAGCUUUGGGGAAUGGAGGCUGGGAAGGAAGGGUAUUGGGCGAGAAGGAAGAAGGGAGAGUGGCCGGGAGAUAUGGUCGAAUUGUACAAGUGA